GCAUGAUCACACGGCUCCGCCACCCUGUGUCAACCAAGGCCAACAAGGUCCCAGCUUCUGUGUCCCUGGGAAGUGGAAUCUGGGAACUGAAAAGAGAAGAGAUUGCCUUGUUGAAGGAGCUGGGAAGCGGCCAGUUUGGAGUGGUCCAGCUGGGCAAGUGGAAGGGGCAAUACGAUGUUGCUGUUAAGAUGAUCAAGGAGGGCUCCAUGUCAGAAGAUGAAUUCUUUCAGGAGGCCCAGACCAUGAUGAAACUCAGCCAUCCCAAGCUGGUUAAAUUCUAUGGAGUGUGUUCAAAGAAAUACCCCAUAUACAUAGUGACUGAAUAUAUAACCAAUGGCUGCUUGCUUACCUACCUGAAGAGUCAUGGAAAAGAACUAGAGCCCUCCCAGCUCCUAGAAAUGUGCUACGAUGUCUGUGAAGGCAUGGCCUUCUUGGAGAGUCACCAAUUCAUACACCGGGACUUGGCUGCUCGGAACUGUUUGGUGGACAGUGAUCUCUCAGUGAAAGUCUCUGACUUUGGAAUGACGAGGUAUGUCCUCGAUGACCAGUAUGUCAGCUCAGUAGGAACAAAGUUUCCAGUCAAGUGGUCAGCCCCUGAAGUGUUUCACUACUUCAAAUACAGCAGCAAGUCAGAUGUGUGGGCGUUCG